AUGACGACGCCCGACCUCAUGCUUUCCAAGGCAGCCCUCACGGCGGCGCUCAUUCGCCAGGACCCCAUCGCCUUGUCUCGAAAUGCCAUGGACGAAUUUGUCACCGUCAUCAACAAGACACUCAACGAGUGCUCGCGUCCCCAUGUUCAGGAAUGCAAGAACUGGAUUGUCGCCAACAUUGUCCCCUCCAACGGACGAACUACCCUGCUCGCCAAGUUUCUCGCCGCGCUUUCCGACAGCAUGGACCGAGACGUAAAACGACCCAGCGUCAAGAAGCGGAGGCUUCACAUUCUCUACAUUGUCAACGAUGUCCUGCACCAUGUCGUUGUGAGGCAGGGAAACCGCGCCUUUGGAAUUGCCUGGAGUGCCCAGCUGCCCGCCAUGAUCACCGCCGCAGCGUUCUUUGACAACUGCCCUCGGCAUCUGGCCAAGGUCAACGAUCUCAUUGCACUCUGGGCCGAGAAGGAUUAUCUGCCGGCCGGCAUUCUGGAUCGACUGAGAAGCGCCUUCCGAUCUGCGUCGAACAAAUCAUCGGGAUUUCCACUCCACCCAUCCGAUGGGCCUCCUCCGCCUGCCAACGACGGAGCCCACACCCGUUCAGCCUUUCACGGCUACGCAUCGGUUCCCUGGCACGGACAGCCUGCCGCCAGUUGGCUGCCUCAACUCGCUUGGGGCGCCACAAUGCCUGUCCGUCCGCAGGCAAUCUGCCGUUUGGAGCUGGAGCUGGCCAGGGGGGACGAUGAAUACGUCGAAGACCUCGAGGAAUCUGUUAGAAGCGCCAGCGAUCAUUUGCAACGACGAGAGGCGAGUGAUCUGUCUCGGGCCACCACGGGUGCGCUGGGUGAUGUGAGCCAGCGCGACAUGGCGGAGAUGAAGAUGGCUGCCCGCGAUUCAUACUACUCCUGGACGCGAGCGCAAUGUCAGCACCCAAAAGAUCGGCCGUCAAAGGCCGGCAGAAUGACCGAGGCUCGUCGUACUCGUUCGAACGAGAGAAGCAUAUCACCACGUCGUUCCCCAUACUCUCGGUCCCCGAAACGACCCAAGUUUGGCACAAGGUCUAGGAGUCGCAGUCGAAGUACGGCCAGCGAUAGCACCCAUAGUGCUUCACGAUCUCGCCGCAGAUACUCGUCCAGAAGCCGUAGCCGUAGCCCGGCUCGAAGGCGCGGUCGAUCUCGUAGCCGGUCAUCUCGAUCUCCUACCAGUUCACGGUCUCGUUCGCAUUCCCGGACGAAUGUCGCAGCGCCUCGAAGUCCGCAGAAAAGCUCAUACCACCACCAUGGAGCCAACCGUAAUGCAGGGCAUUACCCCGAUUCCGGCUCCAGUCAACAAGAGAUUAACGCAAUGCCUGCGAUGCCUCCAUCGAGCAUGGAAGCCGUCCCUGUCCCGCCGCCGCCUCCGAUUGGAUAUCAAGGAACCUUUCCGCCGCCGCCACCUCCACCCCCGCCUCCCCAAGGCUGGAAUACAAACCAGCAAGACUUUUUGCCGCCGUACAUGGCACGUGGAGAACGGUCCACCACGAGACCAAUGCCUCCCCUUCCACCACAGUCGUCGUUCAACAGGGCCCAGCAGUUCAGUAACGGCUGGGGUCAGGGAGGUGGCCAAGGCGGCGGCGGUGGUGGUGGUAGCCGCGGAAACCGUGGCUAUGGCCGAGGCUAUGGACAGCGCGACCAUGGCAAUUUCGGUUCUAGGUAA